AUGAUCGUGACGCCCGCCCGAAGCCCCGCCGGCGCCCCUGCCCGCCGCCGGGGAGAGCUGCCGUUCCGGUCGGUGUCCCUCAACGGCGUCCCCGCGGGUACGCUGACCCCCCUGAAGGAGCUCCUGAGGUGCCACGGCACCCUCAAGGUCGCCGCGGAGCCGGCGGGACGCGGGGAGAGCAAUGCCAGAGGGCCGGCGGCCGGCGAAGUCUUACAGUCCACGCUGCUGGCGGGCAGCGCGGGCGGUGGGGAGCCGCUGGAUGUCAGCGAGAUCCGGGCCGGCCCCAGCCCUGGCCCCGAGCGGUGGCUGAAGCGACGGGCGUGCGAGCCUCCCGCCCACGAGUGCCCGGCCAAAAUCUUCCAGCGGAUGAAGGCCAAGGCCUUGGGGCAGAAGCAGGACUGCGGGCUGCCCGCGGGAAAGGAGCCGCGGAGGAGCUGCGGCAGCGACCUGAUCCUGACUCCCACCCUAAAUCCCGUGGAGCAGGGGCGAAGGCAUAAGAAACCUGUCACAGCAGAAGGUCGGCAGAGACCCGCCGAGGUGCCCGGUGGGUGUACCCAGCCAGAAAAAGAAUUACUUUGCACUCUGAUUCCUGAAAACCGAACCACGAAAGCACUAGCCGUAGACCCUCUUGUAUUGGAAUCCCCUCAGAAGUUCUUCUUGCGUGUAAAGCAAAAAUUGCAGCAGCAGCGAAAAGAUCCAACACCUUCGAACCCAAUCAAGCAGAACAUUCCUCCUUCCACAACUACAGAAAAGCCAUCAGUCAAAUCUGCUUUUGCUGAGCAGCUCAGGAAUGAUCCUACAGAGUAUGUGGCCACUGAUAAGGAUGAUCAGAAUAAUUUCCUUAUAGAAUCAAUGGAUGCUGAUGAUGAAAUAUCUCAAAAUACAGUGACUAGUUCUGUGAAUUUAAACUCUGCCCCUUUUAAAAAUGGGGAUCAGUUAGAAGAAAGGUGGGGAAAUGGAGAAGCAAAACACACUGACCUUCAUCAAGACAGAAGAGAGUUGCAGCCGAGUAAUAAGCCAGCUGCUCAUGGAGUAGAAAAGAUACUGGAGACUAAUUCUCAAAAGCCCUCACAGUGCUUGUGUAGUAUUAUGCUCUCUUCUCCCAAAGUCCACAUUCCAAGGAAGCAAAAGCCGAAAGAAGGCUCUAAGGGCCCUUUGGAUAAACCUCAUACAGAUCAAGUUGCUGGCAAAGCAGACAAAGAGAAAAACAUCUGCCUAACCAGUUGGAGAAUUAAAGUGAUGGAUGGUAACACUGCAAUAUGUGUUGAGGGAAAACGGAAAGAUAUGAAAGAUCUGUCUUGGCAUAGUAAUGUAAUUAUGGAACGCAUAGCACACAACCAAGUUAAAACAUCAUCUGGCAGUAUCUACUUGCUCAAGGGAAAUAUAGAUUCAGCUUCGAUGAGAAAAGAAGGAUUUCCCUACCGUUUCAUCAAAAGAUUUACAUAUGGGUUUUCCAAAAAGUGGAAGGAAUAUGUUGAGGAGUUUCUUGAGGAAAGAAGAAGGAAAGAACGAAAAAAAAAUACUGGUGAGAAUGAAGAGAGUGACUCAGUGGUGGGUACGGACGUGUUGAAAAAUGCAGAAGAUUCAGCAAGAGAUGUAAAGAAACCUGAAACCAGAAACACCACCUAUGAAGUAUUACCGCAGAACGAUGAAAAUGCUUAUACAACACCAAAACGCAGUUCCAUAUUGCUUGACUCAGACAGAGUUUACACUCGUAGCGGCCGUCUUGUUAAACCACCAUUAAGUUUCUGGUGUGGGCAACGUGAGUUUGUUGAUCAGAAACUAAACGUUACUAUAGAAGAAGGUGGAAUAGAUUAUCUGAGCAUGGGAAAAAAUGAAAAAGGAGUAAGUUCCCAAAGAGAAACCAAGUCUGCUGGAAGCAAGGAGGCCAGGCGCUUCAUUUCAGAUGACGAUGAGAGUGAUCACGCAAUCAAUAGUACAAAAGUUAAAACACAGCUUUCUGUUAAGCUGACUCCCUUAAAUACUGAAGUACUAAACAAACAUAACUAUAAUAGCAGAACAAAGGAAAACAGAGAAACAGAAUAUGGAGAAUUGACUACGUAUCGGCAGGCUUACAAGUACUCUUUAAGGUCAGGCAAACAACUUCUUCAAGACAAGCAUUUAACGGAAGAAUCGUCAAGCAAAGAUGAGGAAGAGGAAUCCAGUGAAGAUAUCCCACUGUCUAUCAAAAGGAAAAAUAAACCUUUAUUAAAACAAGAGACUCAAAACUCUAAAUCUUCCUCUAACUGUGAAAGUUCACAGGGUGAUGCAAACAAGGUGUCGUGUGAACAAAGGACAGUAAAACACUCUACUGCCUCCCAUAAUGUGCCGUUGAGGCAAAGUGUGCCCGAAUCCAGUGGUGGUUCUGAUUUACUUGAAGGAAAAACACCUUCUAGUGAGUCUAGUACUUCCCAUCUGCCUGACAGAGCAACGAGGGCAAGAAGCAGAAUCAACCCUCCAAGGUAUUUGCUUGAAUCUGACACUGAGCCCGAAAGCAAAGAAGAGGAAUUCCACGUAGAAGAAAAGAAUUCAAAAGUAUCUCAUAAAAAAACAAAUGGUAAAGUUUCUAAUACCGCCAAGUCUUCAGCAGCAAAAUCAAGAGAACCUGAGAAGGAAAAGGUGCAGAAACCUCUGGAACUUUUUCCAAGGGCAACGGAUGGUUGGUCUGAAAAGGAAUUGCAGAAGCUCUACAGGCAAGUGGUUGCCCUCUCUUCACAGGGCAAAGUUUCCCUCGGACUUCGGGAGGCAUAA